CUACUUGUGAUCAUGUGUCAUUGCUGAGAAAGAAAGACCAGCAGAUUGAAAAGUUAGAGAAAGAAGUGAGGGAACUAACUAAGCAACGUGAUCUUGCUCAAUCGCGAGUUGAGGAUCUGCUGAGGACGAUUAAAAGUGAUAAAACCUCCAGCCAGAAGGGCGUGUCGAGUCUACCUUCUAAAUCGGUGGAAGGUAACAUGUACGAAGGUGAAAGCUCUGUGUCUUGCUCAUCAGCCAUAGAGGAGUCCUACAUCAGGGACAAUGAAAGUGAUGCUACAUCCUGUGCUGUGCCUGCUGCUGAUCAACAUCAGAGGGGCAAAGAAUCUGCAAAUGUGACAGGAGAAGAUUCUGAUGACCUUUGCAAGGAAGUGCGAUGUAUUGAGAUGGAUGAAUCUAGUGAAAAUAGAAAUUUUGAAUCCAUCAGCUUGUCAAACACAGCGUAUGGAGAAAGAAUGUCAAUGCCUCCUGCUUCCAGUAUCAGACAUUCUGACAUCCGGCAGUCAUCACCAAUGUUACUUGAACAAACAAAUAGCACCAGCGAUCGUUCUCUUCAUGCAGCCUGGGAGCAGAAAAUGCAAGAUAUCCAGAAUACAAUCAGUUCUCUUGUCAGACCUUUCCCUGAUGAUUCAUCUUCACCUGCCCUUUCGACAAGUAUAUCCGGUUCAAGAAGCCAGAAAUUAACAAGAAGCAGGAGCUGUAGAGCUAAUUUUAUGGUGGGAUCACUUCCACCCGAUUUUGAGACAGUUGAAGAUAGCGAGACCACCCCGCCUAAUGUGCUAGAGAAGGAUUUUCCUGGAAGACCUGAAAGUUUCCAGCGGAAGCACUGGAAACUUCCUCUAUUGAUUUAUGGAGCAAAUAGACCUAAAUUAUCCAGAAACAAUUCACAGUCUUCAAUUGGUAGUGCUUUUAUAGAUGGGAGUAAUGCUCCUGGAGAUGAGGAUAUCCCAAGUGUUGACAAUUUUGUGGCAGGUUUGAAGGAGAUGGCAAAGCUUGAAUAUGAUAAUCAGCUUCAUGAUCAGGCUCAAGAGGCUGGAAAGUCAAAAAGGAGUGUCAAAAGUGUAGGAGUGGACCCAAUGCUGGACUCAUCAGAGGCUCCUUCAGAUUGGCCUCUUGAAUUUGGAAGGCUACAGAAAAUGAUCAUUGAACUAUGGCAAACUUGCCAUAUUUCAUUGAUCCAUAGGACAUACUUCUUUCUGCUGUUUAAAGGUGACCCGAUGGAUUCUAUCUACAUGGAGGUAGAAGUAAGAAGACUUUCCUUCCUCAAGGAAAUACUUUCGAGCGGAAAUUCUGCUGUGCAAGGAGGUCAGACAAUCACGCUUGCAUCAAGCCUUAAAGCUCUUAGACGCGAAAGAGAUAUGCUUAGUAGGCUGAUAUAUAAAAGAAUUCCGGGAACUGAAAGAAACGAAAUAUACCAGAAAUGGGGCAUAAACUUGAAUUCCAAGAGGAGGAGACACCAACUGGUUCAUCAUCUGUGGAGUGACACAGAUUUGAAUCGUGUGAUAGAGAGUGCUGCGGUUGUUGCAAAGCUAAUUGGGUUCUCUGAUCAGGGGCCGGCUCUCAAGGAGAUGUUUGGGCUUACCAUUACACCUCCGCGGAAGAGCAGGAGAUCUUUUGGCUGGAAGAAUAGUAUGACAUCCCUUAUCUGAGCUUGUGAAAGUUCAGCUAGAAAAAGAUAUAGGUGAAACUAGCAUAGUCUCAUUAUGAAUUAGUUGGAUUCAAUAUAUGUUUUCAGUUCACUAGUUAGAAUUAUAUGGUUUCCUUUUAGUUUGUCUAGGAUUCUGUAAUACAACUCUGGAUUCACUUAUUACUUUUUGCUUCAUAUUGAUAACAGAUUAAUGUCA